CGUUGAGUGGCUAUGCAGGGGCUGUGACGUUGCACAAAGCCUCUCUCUCACUCCUUUCUUGCUGCAUCACAACCGCCGCUAGUAGCUCCCUGGCUAUUUGCACUGACCGGGGGACAGGAUAAUCGCAUAGCUAAUUAGCAUAAUAAUAACUCUAAAGAUAACACUAGCUAACAUCACCACAACAGGAGUAAUCUACGGAAACGAUUUACAUUGAGCUAUCCCCUUGGAACCGCUGGGACAUGGCCAGGCAAGAUCAGGUCCUGCUCUUGGAGCCACAGCACGAACUGAAAUUCCGAGGUCCCUUCUCGGAUGUGGUCAACACCACCCUAAAACUCGCCAACCCUACAGACAGGAAUGUGUGCUUCAAAGUCAAGACGACGGCCCCGCGCCGUUACUGUGUCCGGCCGAACAGCGGCGUCCUCGACGCCGGCACCUCAAUCAACGUCUCAGUGAUGCUGCAGCCUUUCGACUACGACCCCAACGAGAAAAGCAAACACAAGUUCAUGGUGCAGUCCAUGCUGGCUCCCCCCGAAAUGACAGACAUGGAGGGAGUGUGGAAGGAGGCAAAGCCAGAGGAGCUGAUGGACUCCAAACUGAGGUGUGUCUUUGAGCUGCCGGCGGAGAACGAGAAAACGCACCAGGACCCGGAUGCCAACAAGAUGAUGUCGUCCAACCUGCUCAAGUCAGAGUCCUCCACACUGUCCAUGAAGUCCAUGAGCUCCACCCUGGACGACGGCGGCGAGGUCAAGAAGGUCAUGGAGGAGUGUAAGAGGUUGCAGACGGAGGCACAGCGACUACGGGAAGAAAACAAGCAGAUCAGGGAAGACGAUGGCCUGCGGAUGAGGAAGAGCAACGUGUUGUCCUCCUCCCAGCACUCCUCCCACUCCACGGUGAAGGAGGAGGGGCUGAGCCUGCGCACGGUGGCCCUCAUCGUGCUCUUCUUCGUGGUCGGAGUCAUCAUCGGCAAGUUGGUCUUGUAAGAGCAAGCAGCGAGCGAGAGACGGCCAACCGCAUGCUUUCGGGGAUUGAAACAAACGGAUUUGGGAUUUUUUUUAAUUCAGAAAUGCCAUAUCAAUGGGGUAGUUUUGAAUCGUUCAGUUAUGUACAAAUAAAAAAAGAUACAAAUGAAAAUUCCAUGUUAUGAACAAACCAACGAGAGAAAAAAACAACAACAACUUGUUACAAGAUCUCUUUAAUCAUAACAUAAUCAUUCUGGCCUACGCCACAGAUACAAUAUGAGCAGUAGGAGGGAGAAAAAUGCAGAUCAUUGAUAGUCAUUGAAGGGAAGGAUUUUCUAAACACUGUGGGAGGGGGGCUUGCGAUUGAGUCAGUUUGCCUUGUGUGAAUGUUGUUUUCACGGAUUGUCAUUUCUUUUCACAAGUGGCCUGAGGCCGUGGGCAUACUCUGUGUAAAGAAUCCAUAGUAACCCUGGAGUAAAGUAAUGCCAGGUGGGCAGCACUCUGUGUAAAGAAUCCAUAGUAACCCUGGAGUAAAGUAAUGCCAGGUGGGCAGCACUCUGUGUAAAGAAUCCAUAGUAACCCUGGAGUAAAGUAAUGCCAGGUGGGCAGCACUCUGUGUAAAGAAUCCAUAGUAACCCUGGAGUAAAGUAAUGCCAGGUGGGCAGCACUCUGUGUAAAGAAUCCAUAGUAACCCUGGAGUAAAGUAAUGCCAGGUGGGCAGCACUCUGUGUAAAGAAUCCAUAGUAACCCUGGAGUAAAGUAAUGCCAGGUGGGCAGCACUCUGUGUAAAGAAUCCAUAGUAACCCUGGAGUAAAGUAAUGCCAGGUGGGCAGCACUCUUUUUGGCUCACCUCCUUUACAACAUGAUUGACACAGAGGCUUCAGGAAGUAGAUGGGGUUAUGCACAGGGCUACUGUCAACCAAACUGACUCUUCCAAUCAGAGGCUUUGUAUAGACCGUCUCCUCUGUGAUUGGGGAACAUCCUUAAUCGACACAACAACAACAACCCCCCCCCCCUCUGUCUCCUCAUUCUCUGUUUUUCCAAGCUAGAACAUUUCCCCCUCAGCUUUUGAUCAUAAAUACCUGAGUUGGCAGUAUAUUCUUGAUUGCAUGCGUCCACUAAAGAGCAUUGCAUUUUUUGGGACAUUUUAAAUUUAAUUGAAUUGCUUUCAUCAUUGUGAUGUUUCUUUUCAGCCUUAGGUUUUCUCAACUCAAUCUUCAGUUUUUUUUUUCCCCCCUUUCAUUUUUUUUCCUUCAUUUUUGUGAUUAAGUUUUUUUGAUUUUUAGGGUUUGAGGUAUUAUUAAAAAAUGUAUGCAGCUAAAUGAACUCCGGAUGGGUUGGGACUGAGUCACUGAAUAAACUACUUACCUUGUGACUGUUAUUAUCAAGUUAUUCUGGAAGGAAAGAGGGGAGAGAGGGAAUGAGGAAAGGAACAUGUAGAAGUGAGUUUUGCUGAGGUUUACCUCAACAAUAAUACUGCUGUCGGUUUUGUCUGUUUUCUUUUUUCUUCUCCAAGCCGUACAUUUGUUGAUCUGUCAGGCAGAACUGUCAUUUAAAUGGUUUAUGCUGUCCGUUCACCAUGCUGUGACUGUCCACGUAACUCUUAAAGAACAUUUCUCCAACUGUAUGGUCAUGGUCAUUGGCUUCAUUCACCCCACUACGGUCAGCAUCGAUAGGUUUGGAUCUUUGUCUGUUUGUUUCACCGUUAUAGCCAUCACUGCACUCAUGUUCAUUUUAAUGCACUAUAUUCUCAAGAAUGUUUUUUCCCAGUAUCUAUCAAUGUAACUGUUUUGUUAGUUGACGUGUCUGCAUUUAACUCACGAGAAAACAUACUAAACUAUAUCCUGAAGGGACCAUUCUGCCUUUUGUGUUUGUCCCUACUGUUUUUGAGUGCUUUGUCCUUAAUGGGAUUCAUGUCAAAAAUGCAAUACACUCAAUUUCUUUCAUCUCACUGUCACAGAUUAUGGAUAACAAAAAAUAACUUGCCGAUGGAAGUAUGGAUUUGAGGAAAGAGCGAGGGAGAGCGUAACCUAAUGCAUCUACGUGUGACUGAGAGUAACCUACUGUAUCUACGUGUGACUGAGAGUAACCUACUGUAUCUACGUGUGACUGAGAGUAACCUACUGUAUCUACGUGUGACUGAGAGUAACCUACUGCAUCUACGUGUGACUGAGAGUAACCUACUGUAUCUACGUGUGACUGAGAGUAACCUACUGUAUCUACGUGUGACUGAGAGUAACCUACUGUAUCUACGUGUGACUGAGAGUAACCUACUGCAUCUACGUGUGACUGAGAGUAACCUACUGUAUCUACGUGUGACUGAGAGUAACCUACUGUAUCUACGUGUGACUGAGAGUAACCUACUGUAUCUACGUGUGACUGAGAGUAACCUACUGUAUCUACGUGUGACUGAGAGUAACCUACUGCAUCUACGUGUGACUGAGAGUAACCUACUGCAUCUACGUGUGACUGAGAGUAACCUACUGUAUCUACGUGUGACUGAGAGUAACCUACUGUAUCUACGUGUGACUGAGAGUAACCUACUGUAUCUACGUGUGACUGAGCGUAACCUACUGUAUCUACGUGUGACUGAGCGUAACCUACUGUAUCUACGUGUGACUGAGAGUAAUCUACUGUAUCUACGUGUGACUGAGAGUAACCUACUGUAUCUACGUGUGACUGAGAGUAACCUGCUGUAUCUACGUGUGACUGAGAGUAACCUACUGUAUCUACGUGUGACUGAGAGUAACCUACUGUAUCUACGUGUGACUGAGUGUAACCUACUGUAUCUACGUGUGACUGAGAGUAACCUACUGUAUCUACGUGUGCGUGAAGCAUGACUCUGCUUAGAGGGAGGGCAGAACAGGUCUGAGCUGAGCUACGCUGUCCCAAUGGUUGUGAAAACACUAAAAUUGACCUGUCUACCAUCGUGAUCCAUGUAAGCAGUCGGCAACUGUUUUGUAUGUAUAUAAGUAAGAAAAAUUCCUAUUCCUAGUCAAGUAGUCAGUCUAUGGUGUUAAACCUUGAUGGACUAUGUAGCAUCUUAAUAAAUUAAGUGAAUAAAGACCCUACCUAAUUC